AUGAUCAUCUUCUCUGCUCUCCACAGCGCCUUUACAAAUUUUGAGGCUUUAUCAUCCAGCAGUGUCUCUUCGCCGGCCCCAGAGACGGUAUCGACUGAAGCAUAUAAUAUAGACCAUAUCACUCUUCAAAUGGCAGAUACAGAGCGAGAAGACGUUGUGUCCGACAAGAACCAAUCCAUUGCGGAAUUUUCUGAGAUACCUGACCACAAUCCAACACCACACCAUCACCUCGACCUCUCAACUACCCGCCAUGUCCCCAACAACAAUACUGUCACUACCGCGACGAAAUUAGACACCCCAACAUUGGUCGCACCCAAAGACAAGACAAGCAUCGGGCCUCAAGUCCCAUCAGAGCGACACAUUAAUCACGCCAACAUCACCAACGUCAACACCAACGCCAGCGACGUUGAGCUGGGCUCACUGCCAAAUUCGACCGUUACAACACGGUGUUACUACUCGCCGUCCUCCUCUUCAGCAGCAAAUACUUUUCAACGUCAACGGACUCGGAGGAUCCUCCAUUACGUCAUGCUGGCUUUGGCCGGAAUGGUGGUGAUUGUUGUUGUGGCUUGCGCCAUCGUUUAUGUGGUCGCUUCACCGAAGUUUUCGAGGGCAUCGUGA